AUGGGAAAGACUGCUGGAAAUCCUAUUUAUAAACAAAAGUUCCGCAACGAAUGGCUUCAAGAUAUUCAAUGUAAGGAUUGGAUUGUGCGAAAAGAAACAAGUCCAGGAGAAUUCGUGGCAUCUUGCAAAUUUUGUAUGUGUGUUGUAAGUAAAAAUAAUAAAUACUCGGAUUUAAAAAAUCAUAUAGAAACAAAAAAGCACAAAGAACGGCAAAACAUAUGCUCACCGAUGAGACAAAAAACCCUGCCUGUGAUAAAAAAGUCAAUUGAAAAAACAAAGGUUUGUGAGGCUUACAUCUCACUCUUUAUUGCUGAACAUACCAGCAUAGCGACUGUUGACCACCUAGGACAAAUGAUGAAAAAAGCUGUCAAUGAUUCUGACACUAUAAGAGACAUUCAUUUACAUCGAACUAAUCCAUAUCUUGGUUCUGGUUUUGAAUUAAAAAUUAUUGAGUUGAAAGAGAAAAAAGCUAUAACAGAACAGCAAGAAAAAGAACUACGAGAACGGUGUAUUAAAUUUUUAAUUAAAUUGGUCCACGAAUUACGCUCGAGAUUACCGGACAAUAUUCAAAUUUUACAAAAAACAAAUUUAUUAGCUUGUCAAAAUGUACUGAAGAAUCAUCAAUUUUGUAAAUCUUACACACUCUGUUGCAAAGAUCGACCACUCCUAUACCAAACAGCAAAUUUGACUAUAAAGAAAAUAGUUUUAGAAAACUUAAAAUGUAAAAAGUCAAUCCCAAGCUUUCGCAUAAACUACUGUCAUGAGCGACUACGGUAG